UCUCCUAAACCCUCAAACCAAACCGACAAAGAUAGUACCUUUCCGAUUUUGUUUUUGAUUUUGAUUUUCGUUCCCACUCCCAAUCCCAAUCCCAGCCGGUAAUUCGUCGCAGUAUCAGAUCGAGUCGAGUAUGGAUGUGGAAGUUGAAGAAGAGCAGGAGCGAAUUCCCUUUAGCCAGAGGCGUGAAUGGGCCGACGUUUGCCCCGUGCCGCAAGAAGAUGGCCCCAAUCCGGUUGUUCCGAUUGAUUAUACGGAUGACUUCAGAGAAACCAUGGAUUACUUCAGAGCUGUAUACUUAGCCGAUGAGCGAUCUCCGCGCGCGCUUCAGCUCACUGAAGAAACGAUAUUUCUCAAUCCUGGGAAUUACACUGUGUGGCAAUUCCGACGUUUGAUACUUGAGACGCUUAAUGUCGAUUUGCGCGAAGAGUUGCGUUUUAUUGAGCAGAUAACUCGAGAUAAUUCCAAAAAUUAUCAAAUAUGGCAUCACAGACGCUGGGUUGCCGAGAAGCUUGGAACGCAAGUAACUAAUAAAGAACUUGAAUUCACAAGGGAAAUCUUCUCGAAGGAUGCGAAGAACUAUCAUGCUUGGUCACAUAGGCAGUGGGUUCUUUUGGCUCUUGGAGGAUGGGAAGAUGAGCUUUCGUACUGUGAUGAGCUCCUAGAGGAUGAUAUUUUCAAUAAUUCUGCUUGGAAUCAGAGAUACUUUGUGGUGUCGAAGUCUCCUGUGCUUGGAGGAUUGGAGGCGAUGAGGGACUCUGAAGUUGCUUUUACAAUAAAAGCAAUUUUAUUAAGACCUGAAAAUGAAAGUCCAUGGAGAUACCUGCGCGGACUCUACAAAAACAAUGUGAAAUCUCUGGCCAGUGACCCACGAGUGGCAUCAGUUUGCUUAGAUGUUUUAGCGGAUAAAAGGGAUUCUGUCCAUGCUUUGAACAUGGUCCUGGAUCUUCUCUGCCAUUGCUAUCAGCCGAGCAAUGAGUUGAAAAAUGCCAUCGAUGCAUUGUACUCCGAGAUCCCAAAUCCGUCCUCAGAUUCAGGAUUGGCUGCAAGAGUGUGUUGGGUCCUCCAAAGGGUUGAUCCCAUGAGAGCAAACUACUGGGAGUGGCGGAAGAAUACCAUUCCUUCUCAAGCUUAACAACUCACUGACGGCAACGGCAUCUAGUCUAUGGUAAGUAUGGUCUUUUAUAGUAAUUUGUUGUGUCAAGACUUAGACUGAGCUUGAGCUUUAGACAGAUGCUUCAAGACAACCUUAAAAACUUUGGUUAAGUCUGCUAUGGUUAAACGUGUUUAUUGGUAUUUUGCAAGUUGUGUUUGUUUAAUUGAUGUAUUCUUUUUUCGGAUGUACGGAUGGAUGGAUGACGGACUUUACUGACUGACAGUGACUUUGCAAAUUUACAACUUCACCAA